GGGAACGGCAAGCAAAACAAACAGGUCGACAGAAGAAAGAUAUCGGUUGCCGGUCGGUCCUUUGGUCGGACGGACGGAGAGGUUUAUCAAGCGUAGCUCAUUUGCAUGUUGUAAGGGUUCAGCAGUCUCAUGUCCCGAACAUGCGCGCUCACGCUGGUGAAAUAUAUGGAUGCGGUUCAGAUCUGUGGUAAUGUUGUCGUAUUAUUCGCAUGUUCGGCCCAUUAUGACGGUCGGUCCGUUCGGGUUUUGUCAGUGUGACAUUUCUUUUUUUUAAAGCGGCAUUGCAGUGCAAAAAACAAAGUGAUUUUAUUUGCGCAUUUCAUUGAUAUAUCAACUAUGCAUACGCGGCGGCUGGUGAAGCGCUCGGUCAUUGGGAGCCGCGUGUACGCACCGGGUUUAACGGGAGACGCGGCUCCGCUCACGGGAGUGAUCCAGGCUGUCAAACAAGACAACAGAGAUGCUUCGACCGGCCAUCGGCGCAAUGUGUACACGGUGCUCAUGCAAGACGGGAGCUUGAAAGAAUACUCAGAGGAAGAGAUUGCACAGAUGACUGCAAAAGCACCGCUAAAGUCGAGCUUGAAGAGCACCUGCAACGGUGGCCAGCGAGACGGGCCCACGCAGGGCCAGAAUGGGGGCGUGCAGAGAGGAGAGGCGCCCUCUCUCAGCCCGGAAAGCACAGAGGAGCCACGGGUGCUGGAGCACAAGCGAACGGGCCGGGCGCUGGAGCCGGAGAAAGAUCACACCCGCUCCGUUUCUCUGCUGGAACAAAAACGCAAGGUGGUCUCUUCCAGCAUUGACGUACCACAAGCCAGAAAAUCAGAGGAGGAGGUGGACAUGGACAAAGUGACGGCUGCCAUGGUGUUGACCAGCCUGUCCACUAGUCCUCUGGUGCGGAGCCCUCCUGUAAAAGUCAGCGAGGGUCUAAACGGCUCAUGGAAGGACGGAGGCUUUACUCCAUCCAGCUACAGCAGCAGUGGAUACUGGAGUUGGAGUGCGCCCAGUGACCAGUCCAACCCGUCCACACCGUCCCCACCCCUGUCCGCUGACAGCUUCAAACCCUUCCGGAUGCCCAGCCUCACGGGCCCACCAGACGACAACAUCGAUGAGCAUGAUGGGAACAGCUUGCUGUUUGACGAACCCAUCCCCCGCAAACGCAAGAACUCCAUGAAGGUGAUGUUCAAGUGUCUCUGGAAGAACUGUGGAAAGGUCUUGAGCACAGCCGCCGGGAUACAGAGGCACAUUCGAACCGUCCAUCUGGGGAGGAAUUGUGACUCAGAGUGCAGUGACGGAGAGGAGGAUUUCUACUACACUGAGAUCAAGCUGAACACAGACUCUGUGGCGGACGGUUUGAGCAGUCUGUCUCCUGUGUCCCCGUCUGUGCUGUCCCCCCCGCCGGGUUUGGAGCAGAGACCGCCGGAUGGCACAAACGGAGCAAAGAGCGAGAACAGCACCACCACCCCUCUCAGCCGCUCCGCUCCCAGCGCACUCUACCUAGUGCACACAGACCACGCCUACCAGGCCACAGCCCCCGUCACCAUCCCUUCCACAAGCUCCACUGGCUUCACCCCCUCCAGCAGCAGUUUCAGUAUCUCCUGGCAGUCCCCACCUGUCACUUUCACUGGCACCUCUGCCUCUCCCACUCAUAGCCGGACGCAGGGCUUUGGGGAGCAGCGCUCUCAGACCAUUGCAGUGCUCUCAUCUCCCCCGAGAGCUGCAGGCUCACUCAGUAGGAAGUCAAGAGGCGAGGGUAAGAAGUGUCGUAAGGUGUACGGCAUGGAAAACCGAGACAUGUGGUGCACGGCCUGCCGCUGGAAGAAAGCCUGCCAGAGAUUUGUUGACUGAAACAUCUGUGACGGCUUACAGAAACAAACAGGGUGGGCUUCCUUUGCAUGCAUACCAUAAUGAAACACGUCCCUUCUUCUUUGUUACUGACCACAGCCCCACCCUGCUUCACCUUAAACCCACAUGGACCUCGAGGGUUAAACCCUUAUGCAUUCCCUCCUAAACCAACGAACGCACUCCCAACCUUUGCAGAUUACCAACUCUCCCUUUGAGGCGAGUUGCUUUACACUGCAAAAAAUAAAAAAAAAAGACUUGUGAUCCAUCUCUUUUUGUUUGUGUUCAGUAUACUGCUUAAAGACAUUCUUGUCAGUUCCUAAAGGACCAGCCGGGGCAAGACCAGCCUCUGUCCUUGCUCUUUUUAAAAGAGAAGAAAGCUCUCUUUCAGACUGCGUAAGUGCUAUAAAACACAACUGGAGAAAGUGUUUCUUUUUCCACGGGCGCUUUUUCGCAUUUCUCCUGCCCAUUUUACUAAAGGUUAAGGGUUGGACAGCCAGAAAACCCUGUCUUCUCAAGAAUGUACCACCACAGGGGUUUGUUUUAGUAUGUUGACUGGACAGCUCCCCUGAAUGGAAAUUCCUCAAUGCAAAAAAAAUAAAAAAAAAACAAGUAUGGGAAGAGAAAGACUUUCAGCUCCCCCUUUCAGCCGUGCUGACACAAGCAAUUGCACCUACAAAGGACGGAUUUUAUAUCUCUGGUUUUAUAUUUGCGUUUACCAACAGGACAUUUCUUUCAGGGAUGCGAUCAGUAAAAGCAAAACCAGCAGUUAGAUUUAACAGCAGAGAACUCAGUGCUUUUUGUCACAGGAAUAUCUUCUUGCUACCAAAAAGGGUUUUUUUACGUGCCAUUUUCCUUUUUUUUUGCUUUGUGUGUUAACUGACUUCAACAGAAUGAAGUGUUGAAGCACUGCGAUCAUUAAAACCCAACGGCACAGACUCGCAUCAAAGUUAGUGAUCGCAAGAACCAGCCAUUCAGGCAACGCAACCUCUCCUUCCCAUCGGACUCCAUCAGCAGGAAUGAACUGCAUUCAUAUUAGAGCCAUAUUUGAGCCCGCGGUGGUUUUACGCCACAGUCUGUUGCCUAGAGAGGUUCGACCAACAUGCCCAAGUAAAGAAAACUCUGCAAAGUGGUUCAUUUUUACCUCUGAAAGGUGAAGAGCUCUUUACCUCUCACCUUUUUCCUGACCUCACAGGUUCAAGUAGGAAGUAAUAAAAAUAGCAAAUGCCACAUCUACUCCAGCACAAGAGCUGGAAGCACUCAGAUGUGCUGGUGUUAUGCUUCUAUAGUUGGUACAGUAUCACGUAACAUGGCAGAACGCUGGUCACAAGAGGACGGACAUCUUUUCACGAUGGGCUUCUUUGCAAAGGAUGACCAGAAAAAUUCUCCCAUGUCAACACUUGGAUUGGAUCUUAAGGAAUAUGGCAGCUCGGUUGGCAAUUGUAAUCUGGUUUUGGUGGCUCUGAUACAGUCUAAUAUGAUAUCGUCUACGUAACAUCAACACAAGCUAGUUAACUCAUCAUAUACAUGCAAAUAAUGCUUACUGUGAUCAACUCAUUGUCUGUUUUGUUCAUCACAUUGUUCCCCUUUUCACUUACUGUCGAUAUGUAUAUAUAGAUAAGGUAUAUAGUAUUAAAACCCCCAGAUUAAAUAUUUUAUGCCCAGAGUAACACUUGGUUUUAUUGGUAGAAUGGCUUUGUUCACACUGUACAUAAAUGGGUUGUAAGUCGGAUUUUAGUUAUUAGAUCAUUUGUUUGUACAAUGUAGUCAAUAUCCUAUGCAUCUACAUGGGUUAUUUAGGAAUGCUAUAACCACCAGUUAUGAAAAGUCUCACAAACGAAUAAAACAUGAUAUAAAAAAGAAUAAACAUGAUUUAAUUUGAUUUCACACUAGAUAUGGAUGUGGUUUGGAUCUGGUUCAGAAACAUCAGAUUUCAUGUGGUCUUUUGCAGGUCAGAAUACAAAAAACUCCCAACGCCACAAAUGGAUGUGGUUUGGAUCCGGGCUACAAAACUCUAGAGUUCAUCAGAUAUUUUCAGCCAGUGUGAAUAAAGCCAGAUACUACACCAAAUGAAAAAACUAAGGGCAUUUUAAAUGUGAGUCUAUAAUUAAGACUCAUGUAAAAUCAAUAUGCAUUUAAAUAACAUCUCUAAGAAAACGCUUUAAACCUGACACAGACAAAAAAAAAAUAAAAAAAAAUCCAGAAACGACCAAGAGUUCAUGCAUUUUGAACUCUAAAUUUUCUCCCCCCCACCUCACACUCUGUUGACACUAUUCAACAGAUCUUGCAAGGAAAAGGUCUUUAGGGCCUUGCGUCUUUCCGUAUGACUGGAGGCAACCUGUUUGUGAAAGCGCAGCUAUGCUGAAGCCGCACACCAGCACCCAAGGGCUCUUAUACUUCAAUUCUACUCCAAUGCUUAUUGAAACAUUUUGUGAUCUCAUGCCAGAGACGAAGACGAGUUUCAAUAAUUAAUAGCUGCAUAUUUUGGCCCCUCCGCUGGUGUGAGGAACAUCUCAGAGGCUGCUGCUUGUCCCUCCAUUCCCUUCCUGGUGCUAUUUUAGACCAAAGGGUCUGAGAGAUCUCAUGGGCGUUUUACGUAACAGGGCAGGCCGAUGUCUAAAGUUGUUUACAUUCAGUACUUGGGGAAACUCUUUCCAUCACGUUUCCUACAAAUGAGACAAGUUUUGGGAAUAUCUCCACAUUUAUUUCUAAACGUUACCUAAAAACAUGCUCUUGCCUCAGAUAAGCUGUAAUGUGAAGUUAAGAUCACGGUGCAUUUGGUUUCUAAUGAUGUUUCACACACCUGUCACCAUGGUGCUUAUGUAUUGGCUGCAGUUUUGUUAGCUAGGCUACAGCGCAUUACUCGUGUUCAUUAGGGGUGCUAGCUUUCUUGUGCACAGGCCUUUUUGUUGUACGAUGUGAAAUAUAAGACACACGGUGCGCAUCAAGCUGGAACAUGAGUGUGUCUGGAUUCACUAUUUACUUUUUUUUAUCGCCAACUUCGUUCACAGGUUAAACAGAGUAUAUAAUGUACCUACAAUACUUAUAUAAGCUACCUGGUAAACAGUAUUUAGGACUAGUGCUGCUCAUGAAUAUCUACUUGGGUCCACGUCUCAUAGUAAUGCAGUACAAAGCUUUUAUUGUUCAGAAAUUCAGUAGGACGCCAAGGUGUUAGCUGUCCUUAGCCUAAGUAGUCUUCUCUGGUUCUGUGUACACAUACCGUAUAGGUAAUUAACAACAAUAACUAAUAAUACUAGUAUAUUAUUCAAAAUGUGUAAUGUUUUGAUCCAUAUUCUAAGCUACUUUAACACGCCGGUGUACAGAUCCUAGGCAACAGAUUAAGAAGCUUCCUGUUCGGAACUUUCACCGGGUCCAGAGUUUAACAUGCUAGUUUAGCCGCUUUAAAAGCAACCCUGGGUAUUAAGACUUGUGUGGCUUAAUAUAACGCAAAUGAUGUCUCUUACUGAAAUAUGUAGUAGAGAAGUAGUAGCAUUAUUUCGACGACGUCGUCGCCAUUAUUUCGACGACGUGAAAUGGUUGCACUCGGUGAGCUACUGGCGCUACCUAUUGCUAUUUUUACCAAAACACAACUCAGAAUACACUACUCUAAAAAGAACUGAUACGAUGCCACAUUGUGCAGCUUUUAGUCGUUAUUUUCAGUUGAAGGGCAACAAGAAAAGCGUGAAGGUCUUUGCAUACUGAGGCUAAAAUUCUCAUCCAACGUUUUCUGAACGUUAAAAAAUAAAUACGACCUCACGUAGUGUCAAUUAUGUUUACACAUUGCCUCUGAAAUUUUCAUCCAUCAUAGAAAAAUUUGGAUCGGGUUACAUUUUCUGCAUUCUGGCAUCUGUAGCAAACGUUUUGAGAGGUGUUUUGACAUAUUGAGGUUCUGUGCGUAAUAAUUUUGAUGAAUAUGAAAAAACGUAUACUCCUGCCUGUGGAUGAAUAAAACUUCCUAAAGACCUGCGUCUUUGUUCUUUCCACUUCAGCCCUGAUGUCUUUAACAGUGCGUUUCCACUACAGCAUCAAAUCUACAAUGCCACUGCUUUAGAACGUGUAAAAUUUAGGGCAAAGCACGCCUCUGAAAACAAUGUUUACACCCUAUUUGCACUUCAUUGGCAUUAUCUAGGUACAAUCUAAAAUUCAAAAUGAUGAAACGUAGCCUAUAUAGACAGCCCUAAAUAAAACAUAUGACUUCUUCAACAAGAAGUGAUUUCAGCUCAGUAAUCCACCAGUUCAGCAAACACUCUGAAACAUUUGUCAAAAUCCUGCCUUGCCUACCUUUCACAGCGUUUUGUCGCCUGGUGUUUUUUUGCUCGAGAUUUGCAUAAACUCAAGUAAUGCCCAACCUUUCUGACGCUCUUGGCUGCUGUCUCUAUGCUGCUUUCAAUCCCAUAAUGCACCGCGCAAGCAUUUAAUCUCAACUUGCAUAGGAAUUAAUUCAAAACGCUUGCUACGUGCCAGUGGAAACGCACCGUAAGGCUCUUAGUAGACCACAGCUACUCAAAGAGCUUACAAAUGGCAGAGACAAGAAACACUAGAUGCCAUUCUGACAGAUUGUAAACAUGUUGGCGUUAAGAUUCCUUGUGAGGAAAAUCAAUGGUACGGAAUUCGGUUUAAGCCUAUGCUUAUAUUCAUCACCACCUAUAAACUCUUACAGUAGCUGUGGUCAUCAUGUCAGUAUUUUAUUUUUUGAGUUGUGCUGCGGUAAAAAUAGCAAAGGUAGCACCAUUUCACGUCGUCGAAAAAAUGGCGUCCCCAAGAUAUAUAUAUAUAUAUAUAAAAUGAUGUGGAUUUUUUUAAAUAACAUAAAUCAUUUAUGGGUUUUGUACUACAUAUUUCAGUAAGAGACAUCAUUAAUGUUAUAUAUUGCCAUACAAGUCAUAAUACCCAGGGUUCCCUUUAAAAGACAGAAGUCUUGCUAUUUCUUUUCCCACACAUCAGCGUGAGGAAAAACCGAAAGUGCGAUGUUAAUCGGAUACCCAUAUGUCUUUGGUUGGUAUUAGUGUUGGAUCUGUGCAGAUGUUUAGAGUGGGUGUGCAUAUCCCAUGUCAGACUGACCCAAUCUGACUGUGUUUGCGAAGACUGAAUCGUUUGUGUAACUCCAAACCGCCACUCAGCUAUAGCCAGAUGGCAGAUGGGCCACUCAGUAGUCUACUUACAUAACUUGUGUGUUUGUGUCGAGCCACAAACAGCAAGAACGAGUAGAGGCCGUUGACGGGAGUCUGCAAAAAAAAAAAAAAAAAAAAAAAAAAAAAAAAAAGGCUGUGGUCGAGAGAAACAUUCCAGACUGCACAUUUAAAUCUUUUUUGUUAUGAAACAGCAUCAUCAGGAUGGAACUUACUCUCUCUUAGAGGGCUUAUAAUCACUGCUGUCAUUGGACAGUUUUGGCAUUCUGCAAUGCAUACUACCAAUAAAAUAGCUGCCGGGUUCCCGUGGUUUAUGAUCAGGUCAUGUCUAUCCUAGGUGGAGAGGGGCCCAGAAAGGUUUUGUUUUCCGUAGAGGGAGCCAGUCCCUCAGACCGCUUUCAGGAAUGUAUUUGUAUGAGGAUAUAUAGGAGUCUGACUGUGCCUUGGUGAGGUCUGAUAUUGUGCAUGGAGAUGCACAGAAAAGCAAAGGAAUGUUUCUGGUGUCGGCUUGUCUGAGUUCAUAAUUUUGUCUGGAUUUAAACGUGUGGGAGUGGAGGCCCCUUUUUUUACUGAUUUGAGGACUAGCUCUUGCUUUUUUUUCUGGUCAAAGAGUCUUUUGAUGAAUCUGAAGCUUGGGGGGUGUGGGGAGUGUCUUUUUCCCGGUUGUGCUUUGUAAACGAUUUUUAGCUACAAUAUCAUAGUUGUUUUUGUCUUGUUGUUUUCAUCUCCAGUUUUGGAAACGCAGCGGGAAACGUUUAAUCACCAUUUCAAACAGGGGGGUUUGUUGAAUACGGCUGCGUUUUAAGAACCGGGGAGCGUUUUUCUUACAAGAUGCUUAAACAGUGAGAUCAUCCAUUAUUGUCAGAGACUAAAACUACAGCCUAACAGACAGGACCGUGCACAUAAGAUCUUAGCAUUAUGAAUCGCAAGCUUGGUCAUAUGCUUUCCAUCGUGUCUCCCAAAGUAGGGCUGCAUGAUUUGACGAAAAAUGGUUUUCUGUGCUUGUUUGUCAACUCAAAUAUGUGACCCUGAACCAUAAAACCAGCCAAAAGGGUAAAUUUUUUUAAAUUGUGAAAUUUAUACAUAAUCUGAAAGCUGAAUAAGUAAGCUUUCUAUUGAUGUAUGGUCUGUUAUGGUGCUGAGAUACAACCAUUUCAAAAUCUAGAAUCUGAGGGUGCAAAAAAAAAAAAAACUGAGAAAAUCACCUUUAAAGUUGUCUAAAUGAAGUUCUUAGCAAUGCAUAUUACUAAUCAAAAAUGAUGUUUUUACACAUUUACGGUAGGAAAUUUACAGAAUAUCUUCAUGGAACAUGAUCUUUACUUAAUAUCCUAAUGAUUUUUGGCAUAAAAGAAAAAUAGAUAAUGUUGACCCAUACAAUGUAUUUUUGGCUAUUGCUACAGAUAUACCUGUGCUACUCAAGACUGGUUUUGUGGUCCAGGGUCAGAUAUGUUGAGCUCACAAAUGCACGUAUUAAGUGACCCAAACUCAGAAUAGAUGCAGAGAUGUGUUUAAAUGGAGCAGCAUUUAUUGCGAAUCGAGACUCUGAAAACAACAGAUCAUGAGCUGCUCGUGUGUAAACAAACAUUGUGCCGCGUUUCACUCUGAAACACACAAUGCAUAUAUUUAUUUAUUUAAAUUGCAGCCUUUUCAACCGCAUUAAGCCAUUUUGUGAUUUUGGUUUUAUUUUGAUUAAUCAUGCAGCCCUAUCUCAAAGGAUCUUAGAGAAUAAAAAGGACAUCAUGUAACACGUUUGUCUCAAGCCUUGCUGUUACGGGAAAAAACAAAAAAACAAAAACAAAAAACAUAACCCAUCCAAAAACCCUAAACAUGUCGCUUUACAUCUUUAAAAAAAUAAAGAUGCCAAGAGACAUUAUGGGAAUGUAGGCUCAGCGCUCUGAAUGGAUUAUCUCACUGCUGACCUUUGUCAAUCAAGAACCAUGUUAACCUCAAGAACUCAAAGACUGUCGCACUGGAUUUUUACACUUUUUCAAGUAUUUGCUGAUCUAACUGUAUUUUUUAAUACUGCAUGUGCAUGCCGAAGAAAACAAACGGAAAAAAAUAUGAUCUGAAUUUAUGAAUGUGUUGUUUGUGAUGUUUUAUCUGUAAAAACAGGCACAGGGCAGGCAGGCUGCUGUUACUAUAGGAAUGACUUGCAAAAUUCACUUCCUCUGAAAAAGUAUUCAUUUUCAUAGGCAUCUUUUCAUAGUCGCCCAUUUUCAUGUUCUGACACAAUGGGGCACAUAUUUUUAAGGGACAGUUCAACCCCUCAAAACAGUAAAUACUGUGGAUAACCGGGUCUUAAACAAAAAUGUUUAGAACCACUGCUAUAAGCUGUUUUGUAUGGUAAAAAGCAGCAUAAGCAAAUUACCAUUUUAAUUUUUGGGUGAACUGUUACUUUAAGAGAGAGCACUCGACUCUGAUUGGCUGAAGCGCUGAUAGAAACUGCCACAUUCUGCAUCAUUCCACAGGGUCUGGGCCAAAAGCCAAAUUUGUGUGGCUUCUUAGACCUGUUCUAUACUUAGCAGCAUGUGCUCAUAUCUAGUGAUUUUAUAGCCCAUUGAGAAGGGUGGACUGCCAUAAAAACAAACAGAUGCUGACGAUAAAACAACCAGCUUCUGACCGCCGUAGCACAGGCGAUAAUAACAAACGCCUGACGGAUAGUACAUGAGUGCUUCGAAAUGAUUUAAAAGAGAGGACCUGUUCAUCUCAAGGACCAAUAUACUCAGCCCAAACUGUGCUUUUUUUAUUUUUAGUUCACACCUUUCUGUCCCAUUGUCUGUUCUUUUUGACAUUCCUGAUUUUACAAGUAUUGUUUGAUGUUAAGAACGGGCAUCUGAUGCCCUGUGCACAUGAAGGAAGUCUACUGUGUAAAGAGAAAAAGGGAAAACUCAGGAUGUCUUCAUCUUUGCAUGCCGCUGCUAGCAAAAAAAAAAAAAAAAAAAAAAGAA